AUGUCUUUGCAGAACCAAACUUCUUCAGAAGAUAAUUGGACUUUUCUAGAUGAAAACGGGGAGGAUUUAAAGGGUGUUGGGAGCCAAUGGCAUAUUCUACCUAAAGAAAGCGAUAUGGUGUCUUUAUAUAGACAAAUUCCUUUCGAAAAAGUAUUAUCGCAAAUUUUUUGUCUUUGCAAAAAUGAAAACGGCGCAUAUCUGUAUAAAAAUGAGCCCAUAACGAGUGAAAAGUUCUUGGAAGCUAUUGCAUGCUGUGAUAUUAUGUGCGACGUUUUGGGCGAGGGUCUGGCAACACUUGGCGCUCCAAGAUACAAGCAGUUGGUGCGUCGUAUCGCACAAACGCUGAGAAAUAUUGUUCUCCUAGUGGCUGAAGAAUGGAAUUUUUUUAAAGAAAGCACAGAAGAUAAGCCGCAGAUUCAUUCAAUAGAAAGACUUCAAACUGAAUUUGAUGAAUUCGUAAAGCGCUGCGUAGAACGAUUACUUUGCGUAGCACGGCUUGGUGUGUAUCAGUUUUUAGCAGAUUUACCGUUUAAAUCGGUGUCCCAAAGAGCUGCGGAAACGUUGUAUGUUUUAAUGAACGUUCCAGCUGGCUCUCGGGCUGAGGUGGAUCAACUCGCAAUGACAAAAUAUACUCGACAAGAGUGGUUAGAUUUUGUUCAAGAUACUGACACAAAAUUAGCGUUCGAAGAUCGUCUAUCGGAAAUGCCGGAAAAUGAAAUUGUCUAUCUUUUGACCACUUUCUGCAACUUAGCGCACGCCCGACCAGCUACAGAAGACCAUUUGAUUAAUAUCAUUGCGAUGGAUGUCUACAUGGUCUCAUUCGUUUAUUCAUCGACAAGAGACAUUUGCAGCAAAAUGGGACGAGAACUCUUAUGCACAGUUGCAUCAAUGCAUCCUUUCAUAAUAUCAACAAUUUUACAGUAUCUUCAUACCAAUUCAGAGAAAAUUUCGAGCACUGCUUUUUACGCUGUUUCCGAUUUACCAUUUAACCAAUGGAUUCCUACAAAACAAGAUAUUGAGUUGUUAAGAAACUGGAUUCUGGAUCACGCUAUCACAACAGUACCAGUACGUCUUGUGCAAUGCAUUUUGAGAGGAAUGAACUGGGGUACUGGAGAGGAUGGAUGUCUGUUUUUACCGCACUCUUUGCACUGUGAAAUCGCACUUUUACUCGUCGAGGUUUGUCAUUUUUAUGAGAUGGAGAGAAAGCAGUCUGGUCUCUUAUUAAAAAGCAUUGAUCAUGUUUCAAAAGUAGCGUCUGCUAUGCGUUCUUCUCUCUCCGUUGAAGAAGCGUUUGAAACUUGGGUGUGGAAUAUACUUCUUCGACUUAAACUCCACAGAGCGCAACUGAACUGCACAGAAAGCUUAGAAAAUCGAGACAAACCAUCACCAUUAAUGGACGCAAAUGAAGGAACGUUACUUCCGCGUUCGAACAUGGAAAAAUUGCCGCAUUCUAGUUACGUUACGAUCAUGAUGACGAGCGUUGGGCACAGUUUAAACGUCUUUUUACAACAAGGACUUACGCUGCUGAAAAAUUUAAUCGAAAGUGGCCAAAAGAUCCCUGCAGUACAAUGCCUGGCUUUCGUUAUCCCCAUGUUCAUACAAGGUGGAAUUGACUUGUCAAUUAAUAACACUUUUGUGCGUAUUUUACGAAGUUGUAUUGUACCGGAUGCUUGGGUGCUCUCUAGCAUCACAAGUAAGCUUGUAGAACAAAAACCUGACGUGCCACUGUUUUUGGAACUGUUAAUGGGAUCGAUCAGUGAUCUUUUGACAAUAAAUGAUGCAACGACGGUGCUAACCUAUUGGAUUAAAAUGGUGCUGGCUACUCCGGGAUGGUGGGAGGAUUGCAAUUCUAAAAUUUUGCUCGAUUUUUUGUUUAAAUGUGCGUUUCAUGACAGUCCUGAAUGUAGUUUCGAAUGCGGCUCGAUUUUAUACGAACGUCAUUAUGAAUUGAUGACACAUAAUCAAAAUAACUCGACUUCUCCAAAACACCAAAAUCGUUCUGUUCUGUCUUCAAUAAUCAAUGCUGUAAGUGGUGGAAACUCAUCUGGUGCUCCUUCAUUUGCUCGUGAAAUUCAAACGCAUUUUACUUAUCUUUUUUACUACCUUAUUUGUGCCGAGUCAAGGUUUGAAGAUGAUAGUAAAUUAUGGACAACAAUGCUGCCAAUGAUGAAAUCAAAUACUGCUGAAUCAUCACUUAAAAAAGCAUCGUCACAGUUGAAAUUACAACACCAUCCCGCUUUACAUCAACUUGCGUUGUAUCGCUGGGCACAGUUAGUAAUUUUAACCCUUCCAGAGCACCCCCUAGUGUCCGCGAUUUGUCAAAAUUUCUUUCUGCGAUACAUCCAUACAGACCCGUAUGUAGGAGCAAGUAUGGGACCUAAAUUUUUCAAAGGAUCAGCUGAAGAUCUGAUUUUUAAGAAGCUAGACACGAAAAUUAAUUCAAUGUGCAAUGGACAGACAGUUGAAGGUGAAUUUGAAAUGAAACUACAAAAACUUUAUCGAACAUUCGGAGUCUGGUUGGAGGAAGAAAAAUUACACGAUGACCAUUUAUACCUUCCUUCGUUGCCGUCUCAUUAUGAACCAGACCUUUUAGCAACAAUACGAACUCAAAAUGAAACCAUCUGGACACAAUAUAUCAACUUUUCUGAAAUUUCAGACGAAAUAAAACAAGUUAAUAAAAAGUGGAACGACUUCCAUACGCAUAAUUUUAAACCUUUUCCGUCUCAUUCAUCAAGUCUUGCAAUUCAUGCUACCAGUUGCCAGCGAAUCACGCAGCUCCUGCGUCAGUUCGAGUCACCUCUGAACCUCGACCCUUCACUUGCAAGUGCAAUCGAUUUUCCAAUUCUUGUUGACCAGUUGAUUUCAUCGACACCAGAAACACUAGUUGGCGAUAUUGAGCAAGAUGUAAAAAGCGUGCUCACUCAUGCGCAAACAUUCGCAGAUUCAAAAACGAAACUCGAAAAUUUUAAUCGCAACUAUUUGGAACUAUUACCUGAUCUUUACACCAAUGAAGAACAGCGUAAAUUGGUAAAAGUAGAGUGUCAAUCAGCAUUCUCGCCAACACACAGAUGCGCAGGGCCAGCUCAAUUUCCACUGAGCUUUCUUGAGAAAUCGAUGAACGACAUAGCCUCAGAAAAUUUGAAAAAGAAUCGAGCAUCGUACCGAGAAAUCAUCAGCGUUUUAACAAAUCCAGACACAUCUCAAGAUUUCAGCUACUCUGCUGUUCACUUGAUAACGGUAGUUCAAGCAUUACUGAAAAAAGCACAGUCAUCAGAUAAUGACAAAGCGCUUUUUGAAAAUGGAGCAAAGCUUUUCUAUAACCUUGCAGAUCUGAAUUCUGAUGAAAGAUGGAAGUGCCCACCGACGAGGCAUUUACUAAUAACCUGUAUUGAUAUGUUAGGGCAAGUCUUCAUCUAUGGACAACCAGAUCAAGCUGUUACCCUUUUAGAACAGAUGCUGAAACGCCCGGAGACAGCUGCAUUACUUUCAGCGCAUUUUUCACCAGCGAAAUCAUGUUCUAGAGUUAAAAAUGAGGGCGGUUCACACACUGAAUUUGAUACUAAAGUUUUUGUCGACAUGUAUAAACGUGUAGUAAAUGCUGCAUCAACUGGUAACUCAUCUGACAUUCUUUUUGUACUCAUCACAAAAUUUGAUUUGGAAAAUUGGUGUGACGCGUAUAUGCCGCCGAAAUCAGAGAAAGUCACUUUGUUAGAUGCCAUAAUAAACGGUCUGGUGUCGCACACUACGUUUUCGUGGCCUCCUGAAGAUUCUACUGAAGAAACUACGCUCACAAGGUCCCAGUCUACGCAGUUAUCGAACUCCGCAGUUCAAGAAGUAUUUAUGACUCAUUUAAGCAUUUUAGUUCAGCAUUCACAGGACCAAGUCUUCUUUGAGGCUAUCAAUUCACUUUUGAAAGCCAGUUAUAAAGGCAAUGUGGAUCCAAUGGCUUGGGAAGUUUUAACCGAUGCGGCAUUCAAUCCACAGCAAUCAAAUGUACAAAAUUCUGCCAAAAAUGAAUCAAAAUGUGGACUUUCAUAUGAAAUUGUUGAUACAGCAAUAAAACAGGUAGCUGUGUAUUUUUCAGAGAAAAGAAAAAAAACAAAAUCAGGAUUGUACUCUACAUGGAAACCCUAUGUUCAUCCGCUAUCAAAAUUAUUCCACAAAUUAAUCGAUUUCGAAAUCAAUUACAACGAAUCAAAACAGGGUAUAAACGGCAGUACCUAUUUCAGCCACCAUGCCUGCUUAGUGGACCGAAUUUUGCCGCUCUUUUCCGCAUGGCUAGAUCCGCUGAAAAUGGAAGAAAAAAUGCAAUGGCCUUGGAAACCUGACGACCAAGAAACUGUGUCGUCUAUCCUAACAGUAUUCGCGACUCUUAUCAAUUCGAUCUGUAGUGAAAAAGCAAUGGAUGUGUCUCAAAGUGUGUCUUCAUUAUGGGAAUUCUAUCUUACCAAUUCUCUUUUAGCUCAUGAGAAGACAUCACCAAGUUACAUAUGCGGUUCUUAUCAAACCACGCUCAGCGCUUUACCUUGGAAUAAAUUUAUUCCAAAUUUAACAGACUUAGACAAAAUGGUCCAACUUUGUAACACUAGAAUUGAUUGUUCUCUUCAUUUCCUAUGCCAUGUUGUACCACAAAUUGACUGGUCAGCUAUCAUGAAAAUGUGUUUUAUUUCGAGCCCUGAAAAUUCUACACAUCAGUGGUCAGAACACACAUCUGAAGUAUUAUGCUACUUGUUACAUGUCUUGUAUGUUCUGAGCUCAGAUGAAGCAAGAUUACACUCUUACCCCAAAUUGCAACAUUUAUUGACUUCCAUCGAUGUUUUUCCUUGGCAUUUGAUUGGCUAUGACCAGUUUGAUUUUAUUGCCAAUAUAAUUGCGGACCAAUUUCACGCAUUCUGUACAAUUUUCGACUGUGAAGACCAGAAAUUACAAUCACCACGAUAUGCUGCUUUGAGACUACUACAAAUCGCUUCAGGUUUGCCAGUUUUGGAAAAAGAUUUUAACUGGAAAAAGGUAAUGGAAAACUGCAAUUCAAAAGAGACUGUUGAUAUUACGUGGAUGAAAAGACAAUCCUUUAUUCGGUGUGUAGGGACACUAGUUCGAAACUCAGCCAAGACACAAGAUAAGCGUGAAAUUCAAACUCUAGAAGCUGUGACAUCAAAUUUAGUUAUGAAACUAAUGAGAAGUAUUUUGCUUGUUGUACAAUUUGACUCUGACAUUGACGAAACUAGACUUUCCUCUCUUUAUUCCGAAAUUUGGAGAAGCAUGAAUACAUUUACUUCGAAGUUACAGGAAAUCACAAGAUCACAGAUUUUAAGUUUCCUUAAUGAAGUUGUUUUAUCGACGCUUGAUUUGUCAAUGGACACACAAUCUCUACAAACUGUCGACUUGGUUUUGACAAGCAUUCUAUCUUCGGCAGCAAACACAAUUUCAAGUCCUCUGCAUUUAGCUGUAGUGGCUGAAUACGGGCUUGAUUCAUGUUUGAAAUUGAUUUCUAAGUAUCACCCAGAAGUGAACGACGAAGUGGAUAAAACCACAUCCGACGAUAGGCUCCCAAAAGUUUUGAACUUGUGGCAGAAUCUUUGCCACACCCUAAGUCAAGUUUGUAAAGUCUCCCAGAGUGAGCUUAUAGAAGCAUGUCUAUCAAAUGGGUGCAUUAAUACCAUACUUGCAUUAUCGCAAAAUAUAGUCGAUGAAGCGAAACGUUGCGGCAACGGAAAUGACUCUAAUGGCCCAAUGUAUAGUGCUUUUUUCUCUAUUGUACAAUGGAUCUCGUCUUUGAUUCCGAAAAGCGAUAAUGAAGCCAAAUUGUUACUUUUAAUUGGAUAUGCAUUGAAAGUUUGUGAUACGUUGGAACAGGACGCUAAACUCUCCCCAGAAUCUGAAGUUAAUCUUAGCUCAGUUUCCGAGAGUUUUCAUUCACUUCUUCCCAUGUUAGAGCACUGGAGUACUGACCGUGUUAAGACAGGCAUACUCGGAACUUUUGGAAUCGGACGUGCUACUUCAUUAUCAAUUGGAUUUCGAGUCUCUAUUCGUUGCAUCUCAGUUCAUAUUCAACAGAUAACAGCACGACUACGGCCCGAAGGAGAGGAUACUCUUACCAAAGCUCAAAUAGCCAUUGAUAGUCUACGGAAAAUGCCUCUUGAAAAUCGGACGUACACUCAAGAAAUUGACAGAAUCCAUGAACUAUUAGACCUGAUACAACAGAUUAGUGAUAAGCCUACAUGUGCUGCCCAUUUGUCUUUGAUGAAAAAUAUUUUUGCUUUUCAUUAUCAAAAGGAGGCUGAUUGGUUGAAUGUUCUAUAA